AUGAUUCCUAGUUCAUACGAACCAAUAGGAUCAGACUCCCCCAUCGAAAACGGCGAAAAUGUGGACGGCGAAGGAGACGAUGCCUCACAACAAUCGAAAUGGCGGAAAGCCAUUCAGAAGCUUCGCCAAGUAGACAAGAGUUUCUUCGUGUCAAAGGCUUUCUAUUUCUUCUUCUACACAGCCUUGGGGUCCCUGUUUCCAUUCUUUAGCCUGUUCUACAAGCAGUUAUGGCUAACUCCCGGACAAAUUGGUCUUUUGCUUGCUUUGAGACCUGCUGUAAAGCUCGUCUGCCUGCCUUUGUGGAAAAUGGUAACAGACAGGUUUAGCAGACCGAAAGUGGUGUAUUUUAUUUCGAUUCUAGGAUGGACUAUUGGUUAUUUCGGACAGUCAUUAGUUUACCCAACAAAUUUGCCAUGCUAUGGGUAUCAAUCACUCCACUCCACGACUUCAAGUCCAAAUAUCUCAAUUUCAAAUUCAAGCGUCGUAUCCGUAAACAACAUUACAACAAGGUCACUUCUUCAAGACUCGCACCCUUCGGAAUCUUUACAAAAAUGGGAUCCUAGAAAUUAUCGUCCCUUAAGCCGGAAAGAGAGAGACCAGGGAUAUCUCUUAGACAAUGCUCAAUCAACAAAUUUAAUAAAUAAUUUUGCAAGGGCGCCAACUUUACUGUUGAAUGAGCCCACAAAGAACAAAGGAAUAUAUGCAAAUUUGAAAGGAAAAACAGGUAGACUUAAUGAGCCAAGUGAAACCUAUUCUCGCUCUCUUAAAGAAGGGAAAAACAUAGAGGGAGUUACAGACGCCGAUUCGCAGGAAAAUGACCACGAAGUCGAACGAGAAAUUAAGGCAGAUACCGCGACAAGUGGAAUAGUUGAGAGGAAGAAAGAUGAUGUCAUAAAGGUGUAUGAAAAAAUGGGCUCUUUGAUCCCAAGCCCCAAGGAAUAUGACGACUUCCGAAUAAAGUUUAACACUUGGAUUUUUCGAUGUCUGAUCUUAAUUGUGAUUUUGACAGAAAUAAUUACAACGCCAACUCCCAUGCUAGCGGACAUUGCCAUUGUUCAAUCUCUGGUUGAAACAAAAAGCGAGUAUGGAAAACAACGAUUGUUUGGUUCACUUGGUCUGAGUCUCGCCGCCAUUCUUGUUGCUGUGUGGGUGUCUUUAAACACUGACUGUCUCUUCACAGACACAAUUGACUAUAUACCGUGUUUCUAUUUGUUCGAGAUCGCCAUUGGCGCUACGGUUCUGGUAUCUCUUUUCGUCAAGUUUGACCGACCUGAUAGUGAGGCAAGUAAUGGCUACGAAUUCCUGGACGCGAUGAAGUUGUUCAAGAACUUCAAAAACGGCGUGUUCCUUGUCACGUUAUUUGCGUUUGGCUUCUUUCACAGUCUCCACUAUGCAUUUCUGUUUUGGUAUCUCCAGGAUCUCGGGGGAACUCCGGUCCUAUUCAGUAUCAUUUUGUUGAUCUAUUGCCUGGCUGAAGUGAUGAUGUAUUUUGUGUCUGGGUACGUGGUGGAAGCCAUUGGUCAACAGGGAAUGAUCUGUUUAGCCUUCGCCUGUUACACCGCUAGAUACCUCAUGUAUUCCUACCUGAGGGAUCCUUGGCUAGUGAUACCAAUGGAAAUGGUUCAAGGCAUCACAUACGGAGGGGUGUGGUCGAUCGCUGCUGUUUACGUGAAUGCACCUCCAGGUCAGUGAUCAAGAUCUGAAUUCUCUAUAUUAUAUCACUACUUUAAUCAAACCUGAAGAUGACGAGAAUUAUGGCAAUGAUCAACAAUGCAAAAUGUCUUGAUAUUUUGAACAAAUUCUGCGCACCCAGAUUACAACGAAGUUCGCUCUACCUUCUCCACUCCACCAAGUUUGUGAUAUCGUUCUACUGUAUCUUUUCAAAAUUUUUGACAACUUUGAUGUGUUUCGUACAAUGCAGAAACAAUCAGAAUCCAAAGUAGUAGUAUUCUGCCAGCGAAAAUAAGCAAUUUUGUCUUUCACUCAGUAAUACCGUAUAAUUUUCACGACGAUACCUGGUGUCUUGUUCGAUUUGAGCUUAUUUCCUUUUUUGAGGAGAAUUGAGCCUCUUGGGUUUUGUUUAACUUAAAGACACGCCAUGAGUUUAUUAUCUUUCUGGUCUUCAAAAGUUGACGAAAUUGAUAGCCUGUAUUGUAAUUGAAGAGAAUACGCUUUUGUAAUAUAAUUCAAGUAAAGAGUAAUCUGUAUUUGUGUUUCGCUUAUAGCGAACCUCAGUUCAGUAUAACAUCUAUCCUGUUAAAGUUCUAAAAAAAAUUCUGAAAGACACAAUGGAACCUUCACUAACGGCCACUGUAAAGUCGCGAAUCGAGCUCAAUAAACGGUUACAUUAUGCGCCCUUAGGGACGGACCAUUAGAAAACUUAUGGUAUGUGGGGGAGGGGGGUAUGUUGCGAAAUACAAAAAUAAUAUUCGCGCAAGGGAAAAUUUAAUGAAAAAAAAUUCAUGCACGCCAAUUAAUCCUAAAAAAUAUUCAUGCUAUGGCCUAAAAAAAAUUCAUACAAGGAAUUUGAUAACGAAAAAAAAUUCCUACUGCUCGAAAAUUCCCCUCCCUCCAUGACUUUUCUAAUGGUCCGUCCCUUAGUUCCGUUAAUAGUCCUCCUACUAGUCCAAAUGAUGCAAAUCAAGUCCCCGUUUGCUUCGAGUUUUGCUCAUUUCGUAUCUAAUUAUCCUACAUUAAGUCCCUUGAGACCAGACACUACAGUCACCUCUCUACAACGGCCAUUUUUUGGAGGCGGAUAGUCCAUACAUUCACUCUUGUUUCGACUUCUUUACAACGGCUAUCUCUCUACAAUAGCCAUUUUCUUCUGUCCCCAAGUGGCCAUUGUAAAGAGGUUUAACAGUAUCACAAACUUGAAACUCCGUGAGAAAGGUUUGUAAAACAGAGCUGGAAAAAGGGACAGAAGACGUAAAUGCGAAGUGACUUUGGGUUUAUAUAUACUAUGGAAAGAAGCUUCAACAAAUCAACAAUUCCGGUUUGUCUUCCUUCCAUUUCCCAUCUCCCAGAUAGUUAGGUUUCCAGUUCGCCACGACCGCUGAACAAAACCUUCGAAGAAGCUUGUUUACGAUGUUAGCCUGCUUCUGAAGUGAAUUUACAGGUAUUCACAGAUUCCAGCGAGAAGAAUAACUGUUUAGAACUCUGCCUAUUAAGUUUUGAUUUUAAAUACGAAAGUGAAUAUUUACUGAAACGUGUUUCUACCUCCUUUUUCCUAACGUUUGUUGUUUUGUCUUAACCCUAUAGAGGCCUCACAUAUGGUUCAAAGUAUUUUGCACGGUAGCUACUGGGGGCUUGGAAUGGCACUGGGCCCAGGGAUCAGCGGCGUUAUUAUCGGUGUUGUGGGGGCCCCAACGCUUUUCCUUAUAUCCGCAGGAAUCUGUUUCUUGCUUUGCAUGUUUCACUUAGGAAUUGAUAUCCACAACAAAAUGAACUUUUUAGAAGAAGAACAAGAACACAGACUUCGGGUUCAACGCGGAGAGACGAUCAUAAAACAGCCCAAGAAGAAGGAGAGGGAAAGCGAUUUCAUCGGGGCAGCGGCCGCUCCUCUUGUGCCAUGCCUUCUCUACGCAAGAUAAACUUUGCUGUAUAACCAAUAGCAUACAAGUAUGAUCUAUAACAUCAAACCAAAUGUGUCAAAGUUUAUUCAGUUGUUUUGUUGAGUCAUUUUUAGUUAGAAAAAGAGAUUCUAGAAGACAUGUAGUUCUAAUGGCCCAGUUUCACACUUCAAACGUGAAGGCUGGCGAUUUUAUAGCUUUUAGUUUCAUUCAUAGAGUAGCCAGUUUGCUGCAAUUUGCCUCUCACCACUUAUAGAGUGAACAACUUCACAUGCAAAUAAGGACGAACAAACAAAUUGGACUUAUGUUGUUUCGUUGUUAACAAUAAUAUUGAAAUUCAUUUUCCGUAUAAAAGGGUGUGGAAAGUCUGUCUAAGUCAUUAAUAAUUUUUAUUUUUAUAUUUCUAAGUUUGUAGUGGCCAGAAUAUGAUUAUCAAAGAACUUAAGUCUACAUAAUGGUGAAUAUCCUUCAUGUCUUGCAAAUUACAAUUACCGUACCGCUAUAAAGGACAUCAGUAUUGGAUAAAAAGCGCCUAAUAUACAAGUAUUUAUUUUGAGGUUCCCAGCAGGGAAUAUGGACAACAUAAAGUAAAAUAUCUUUUUCCAUAAAAUAAAAAUGACGUUUAAAGUUAUACAGAUAGCACAACGAGCGAAGGUCAGUUAACAAAAAAUAAAAAUUCCAUUUACCUUUGCAGAGGGUCCCCUGUAGGAUUCUUCAAUCCCGUAAUCCCGACCCGAAAUUUCGUGCUAUCCCUUAAUUCCGAUGGUUGUUUUUGGCAUCCCAAAUCUCGCGUAAACUUCCAAUCCCGAAUCCCGCCCCGAUUUUGCUUUAAAAUCCCGAAUCCAGAGCCCGAAAAAAGGGAAAUCCCAAAUCCCGAAAAACCUAUUGACUACCCUUUGCAAUUACUUGCCUCUUCUUUUCUGUC